AUGAAAUUACAAAACCCAGAUAAGAAAACCCUAAGAGAAGGCUUUAGUCAGGAAUCUAGUGUAGUGGCUUUAGAUUCUGGAGUUUUAGCUAUGAGUGGUUUGAAAUGCGAUGGGAAAUUCCCGGUCAAGGAUGUAUUAAUGGAAGAAGGUGGUGAUAAAGUGAGGAAGAUUCAAGUUUCUGGGGGAAAUAUAUCACUUGUUGUUGAUUUUAGUGGAGCUAGGACUAGUUCUAACAAUUUCUUUGAGUCUAAUGCUAGUUGUGUCAAUGAGAAUCUGGUUAAAGGAAAUGGGUACAGAGAAGAUGAAACUCAGGAGUUUCUUGUUGGUAAUCUUGUGUGGGUGAUGACUAAAUACAAGAAGUGGUGGCCAGGAGAAGUGGUUGAUUUUAAAGCUGAUGCAAAGGAGAGUUUUAUGGUUAGGUCUAUUGGUCAGAGCCAUCUUGUUUCGUGGUUCGCUUCUUCGAAGUUGAAACCUUUCAAGGAGAGCUUUGAGCAGGUGUUGAAUCAAAGAAACGAUAACGGGUUUUUCGAUGCGUUACAGAAAGCUAUGUCCUUGUUGAGCAACUCGUUGAAACUUGAUAUGACUUGUUCUUGCAUUGCUGAUGGGAAUGGAAUUGUGUCAGCCCAAAAUAUAACAACUCGGAAGAACAAGCCUUUGAUACUGCGUGAAUUCUCAGUAGAUCGGUUGGAACCAAAAGAGUUCGUCACUCAGCUGAAGAAUAUUGCGAAAUGUGUUUUGAAUGCUGGGGUACUCGAGUCGACAGUUAUGCAGAGUCAGUUAUCAGCUUUUUAUACUCUCUUUGGGCAUAAGCAGAUACCAAUGGCCCAACUACACGAAAAUGAGGGUAGGAAAAGUUUCACUGCGAAGAUGAGUGACAGUAAGUUCAUUGGUUCUCCAUCCAUUUGUGCAGGUAAUAGCAGGAAGAGGUUUCGGAAAGAAUGGUUUAGGAAAUUUGUAAGUGAGGUUGAUAAUGUAUCUGCGAGAGACGAUCUAGUAAAUGUGCCUCCUUCUGAUUUGAUAUCUAAACUCAAGCUGCUUGCUGUGGGCUACAAUUGUUCGGAAGAGACUGAAAAUAUUGGGCUCUUUGAGUGGUUCUUCUCCAAAUUCAGAAUUUCUGUGUAUCAUGAUGAAAAUGCUUACAAGAUGCAGUUGGCUAACAUGGCUGGUUUCAAGGAUUUGAUGUUAGCAACAAAUGCAAAUCGUGGUACUGUUCAGAAAACCUUAAAGUCAAAGAAAAUAGGGAAGUCAAAGAUGGAGCCUCUCAAUGGUGUUUCAGUUGCUGAUACUGAGCAGAAGACCUUUGAGUUGCAGAUAUCAAAGAAGUCCAACAUCGAAUCUCUUAAUGGUGUUUCAGUUGCUGAUACUGAGCAGAAGACCUUUGAGUUGCAGAUAUUAGAGAAGUCCAACAUCGAAUCUCUUAAUGGUGUUUCAACUCCAAAUAUUGACCACGAGGCCUCCAAGUCAAAUAAUUCAGGGAAGACAAAGAUCAAUCAUAUCAUUGGUCACUCAAAUUUUCCUAGUUCUGUUGCAAAGGUGCAGUUGGCGAAAGAUUUUCAAGACAAACUGUUGGUACAAGCUCCAGACAGGAAAGCUAUGACGGCAGAUACACUCAGCAGACCUGCUGCUAUACUUGUACCGGACCUGAACAGCGGAGGCAAUGCUUUGGGUACUGCAGAGUUUGACCAUAUGCAAAGACCUGAGACUUUAAUUCAGCAUAAUGUCUGCCCACAAGAGGAGAAGACACCAAGAUCUACGAUACUUAACUUUCAGGUGACAGCUCAUCAGGGAGUCUCAGGAACUCAGUUUGUUUCUAGCCAGCCAACUUCAUACAAACACUUCACGAGUGCAGACCUUUUCACUUAUUCAGGGAAGAAAAAGAGAGGAAGGAAGAGGAAGAAUGCAGAAGAGCUUCCAAUAGUUGCACAUGCCAGUGCCACUACUGGGAUACCUGACUUAAAUGGAACAAAUACAGAGCCAACUUUGGUUCUGCCUCAAGUUGAGCCUACUCAGCGCAGAAGACGUCGGAAGAAAGAGGAGUCACCUAAUGGAUUAACCAGAGGAAUCACAAUUCUCUUCUUGAAAUUUUCCUCCCAAGUGUCAAUGCCUUCAAGGGACGACCUAACCUCGACAUUCUCUGCGUUUGGCCCGUUGGAUUCUUCAGAAACACACGUUUCAGAAGAAUUUAGUGGUGCACAGGUCGCCUUUGUGAGUAGUGCAGACGCGAUAGAAGCAGUUAAAAGCUUAGAGAAAGCUAACCCAUUUGGUGAAACCUUAGUGAAUUUCCGGUUACAGCAGAAACUGAUAACCGUUCAAAGGAACAUUGCCCCACGAAUGCCGGUAAUCUCACAUGUUAGUCCAGUUCCGAAACCGAACAAUAUACCAACAAGUAUGGAUGCAAUGAGGCAGAAUCUGUUGAUGAUGACAGCAAUGCUGGAGAAAUCCGGGGAUAGUUUAUCAAGAGAGACAAAGGCAAAACUGAAAAGCGAGAUCACGGGGCUUCUGGAAAAGGUUAGUUCUAUACCGAGCUCUUCUUCUUCCUGA